UGAAGGGAAAAGUGUUUUUAUUAUAGUCCCAAGAAGAGGAAGGCUCCAGUUAGAAAAAUAGUAUUUGCAGCAGCAUGUCUGAAUACCCAGCCUUCCAGUACGGCAAGUCCCGUUUCAAUCAGGACACAUUUUUUGGUCGGUUCAGGCACUUCCUGGAUGUGAUUGAUCCCAGCACACUCUUCGUGACAAAGAAACGGCUGCAGGAGUGUGUUGAUCAGCUGGACCGUUACAAACAAGGAACUCUUCCUCCAGGAGUGACAGAUGCUCAGCUUUGGCAAGCCCAGAAGAUAAAGCAGGCCAUCAUCCACCCCGACACAGGGGAGAAGAUCCUCAUGCCCUUCCGGAUGUCAGGUUUCAUCCCAUUUGGCACACCAGUGGUUGUUGGCCUCCUUCUCCCAAAUCAAACAUUGGUGUCAACUGUUUUCUGGCAGUGGUUAAACCAGAGUCACAAUGCCUGCGUUAACUACUGCAACCGCAACGCCUCCAAGCCUGCUCCAGCUUCUAAAUUCCUCCAGGGAUAUGUCGGCGCGGUGACCAGUGCAGUGUCCAUUGCUGUUGGGUUAAAUGUUUUAAUCCAGAGAGCAAGCCACUUCAGUCCAACCACCAGGCUUUUGGUGCAGAGGUUCAUCCCCUUCCCUGCAGUGGCAAGUGCAAAUGUCUGCAACGUGGUGCUCAUGAGACACUCUGAGCUGUCAGAGGGAAUUAAUGUGCUUGAUGAAAAUGGGAAAGUGGUGGGAACAUCGAAAGUGGCUGCCAGGCAUGCAUUGUUGGAGACAGCCCUGACCAGAGUGGUCCUGCCCAUGCCCAUCCUGGUGCUUCCUCCGUUGAUCAUGGCUGGACUGGAAAAGCUUCCUCUCCUGCAGAGACAUCGAAGGCUUGUCCUGCCUGCCCACAGCCUGGUAUGUCUCGCUGCCUUUGGCUUGGCUCUGCCACUCGCCAUCAGCCUCUUUCCACAGAUGUCUCAGAUCAGUGUGAAUCAGUUAGAGCCAGAGAUCGCUAUGGCAACAGAUUGUAAGAUUGUGACAUACAAUAAAGGACUCUGAGAGAUCUCUGCUGACUUUCAUGUGAGGAAGAACCUGCUGCUCAUCAUGGGUCAAGCCGUCACUGUGGAGGAGGCAACAUACGUUUACAGAGAACAACAGCUGAUAAUGAGGAUACAUGUUAAUGUGAAGAUAAUGGUCAUUAAAUAAGCAGUAACAUUGAAAGGGAAAUACACAUGGCAACCUCAGUGUACCAACAAUGUAACAACAUGGACACUUACCAAGGAGACGAAGCCAAAUAACCAGCACAUUCAAGCUUGAUGGAGGAACAGGCGUGCUCACUUCGUCCACUGUGACGUCUUAUCAGUGAAGAGGGAAGGAUCGUCUGUUUUGCAUUACAUUUUCUUCUCACCUUACUUUUACCACAAUAAUCUGGAGAUCACAAUGAUUUUAUUUUCCUUUUUUGUAAGUCUUAAACAUAGAUUGUUAAUAAAAGAUGGAUGUGGUUUUACUGUCUAUAAUAAAGCCAAUGUGGAGAUGCCCAAACUUAUUAUAUUAUAUUAUAUUAUAUUGUAUUAUAUUAUAUUAUAUUAUAUUAUAUUAUAUUAUAUUAUAUUAUAUUAUAUUAUAAGCUGUUUUCAGACCAAAAGAUUCUAGUUAACUGGUAAUGUACCUUAACUGUUUUUUUGUAUUUUGUUCUUUUGCCGAUAAGAACAAAAGCAACCAUCCAGCAGAUGGUAGAUUAAUUAAAAUUAUGCUAAAAUUCCUUUUGAAUUAAGUAGACUUGAUAAGCUCUGGGCUUUAGAGUUGGUAUUUUUCGGAAGCCCAACUUCACGAUCCUCCAUAUAUUUUCAGUACGAGACAGAUCUUGACUACAAACAUAAUAUUUUAAACUUUGAUUAAGUAGUUUUUGACUUAAUACAAUAAAAAAGUGGCAGAUUUUUAUAUUUACGUUAGAAAAACUUUUUUAGUAAUUUUACAAAACUACAAGAAAAGUCUAAAA